UCCCUCAAGUUAAUCUCUUGCUUCAGUUCGUCAACAAGAGUGUGUCAUACUCACAUCUUAGCUUUACAGUGUCAGCAGCCUCCGUAGGCAUAUCAUAUCUCUCUCAAAUUCUCAAUCCGCGAAAGAACAAAAAUGAAGCUCCGCUCCACUCUUCUUCUUCUCUGCUUAAUCUUCUCCUCUGUACUUUUCUCAUCACAACUAUCACUAGCCGUAGAAGAAGAAGAAAACCCAGAAGCGAUCAUAUCAAGGUUCCAACAAUACCUCCGAAUCAACACCGCCCAACCCAGCCCCGACUAUGCCGAAGCCGCCGAUUUCAUCCUCGCACAGGCCAAAUCCCUCUCUCUCGAAUCCCAAACUCUCGAGUUCGUCAACGGAAAGCCUCUCGUCCUCCUCAAAUGGCCCGGCUCCGACCCUUCUCUCGCCUCCAUCCUCCUCAACUCCCACACCGACGUCGUCCCCGCCGAGCCCGAGAAGUGGACCCACCCCCCGUUCUCCGCCCACCUCGAUUCCCGCGGCAACGUCUACGCCCGGGGCUCCCAGGACAUGAAGUGCGUCGGUUUGCAGUACUUGGAGGCCAUUCGCCGCCUUAAGGCCUCGGGGUUCCGCCCUAUUCGCUCCGUUUAUCUCUCGUUCGUUCCUGACGAGGAGAUUGGCGGCCAUGGUGGCGCCGAGAAGUUCGCCGAGUCUGAUGUGUUCCAGAGAUUGAAUGUGGAGAUUGUGCUUGACGAAGGAUUGGCUUCACCGAGUGAGAAUUACAGGGCUUUUCAUGCAGAGAGGUGUCCAUGGUGGCUGGUGAUUAAGGCUAUCGGAGCGCCGGGACAUGGGGCGAAGCUUUAUGAUAAUACUGCCAUGGAGAAUCUGCUGAAGAGCAUUGAGAGUGUCAGGAAGUUUCGUGCUUCGCAGUUCGAUUUGGUGAAGGCGGGUUUGAAGGCUGAAGGCGAGGUUGUCUCGGUUAACAUGGCGUUUCUCAAAGCUGGCACCCCAUCUCCAACUGGUUUUGUUAUGAACUUGCAACCAUCUGAGGCAGAAGCAGGCUUCGAUAUUAGGAUCCCUCCAACUGCUGAUCCAGACGCUUUGGAGAGACGGAUCGCUGAAGAAUGGGCUCCUGCUUCACGCAAUAUGACAUUUGAGCUUCGGCAGUUCAAACAGAAGCAUUCCUCUCUUGAUAAGUCUGGGAAGCCACUCAUUACAGCAACCGAUAGUUCAAACCCCUGGUGGAACCUGUUAGAAGAAGCUGUCAAAAAAGCUAAUGGAAAACUCGGUAAGCCAGAGAUCUUUCCUGCUUCCACAGAUGCUCGCUACUUCCGGGAUCUGGGCUUGCCAGCAAUUGGAUUUUCUCCAAUGGCCAAUACUCCUAUUCUUCUCCAUGAUCACAACGAGUUCCUGAACAAAGAUGAAUAUUUGAAAGGAAUCGAAGUCUAUGAAUCUAUAAUUAAAGCUUACGCAUCUUAUAUUCAGCAUGCAAGAAGGGAUGGUUCUAAAGAUGAGUUGUAAAGAGAGCAAAUUUGAUCAACCUCGGGUUUAAAAAGAACACGCCUGAUUUUAGUUUCCUCCUCUUUGUAAUAUUAGACAUGUCCCGGUAAUUUAUCAGUACGGUAGGAAGCAGUUGGUUGAUCUCCUUCAAAUGUGGGAAGGGCGGACUUAUUAUUAGCACUAAUCACAUCCAAAACUUUUGGUUUAAGUUCAUUUUUUGGUGACUUGGAUGUACUGUUGCUCGUGGGGCUUUUUUUUUUUGGGGUAGAAAAGCUUUCAUUGAAUCCAGAAAAAGAAGACAA